AUGUGUUCGCAUCUAUCUCUCUAUCCUAAUCUCUCUCUCUCUCUCUAUCUAUCUAUCUAUCUAUCUAUCUAUCUAUCUAUCUAUCUAUCUAUCUAUCUAUCUCUAUCCCAGUCUAUUAAAUAUCUAUAUCUAUCUCAGUGUGUUAAUCUGUCUUUUCCUUGUCUAAGUCUCUCUCAUUUUCUUUUCCUCCCUCUCUAUCUAUCUAUCUAUCUAUCUAUCUAUCUAUCUAUCUAUCUAUCUAUCUAUCCCAUCUCUCUCAUUUUCUUUCCUCCCCCUCUCUAUCUAUCUAUCUAUCUAUCUAUCUAUCUAUCUAUCUAUCUAUCUAUCUAUCUAUCUAUCCCAUCUCUAUCAUUUUCUUUCCUCUCUCUCUCUCUCUCUCUCUCUCUCUCUAUCUAUCUAUCUAUUUAUUUAUUUAUUUAUAUGUGCGUUCAUAUCUAUCUAUCUAUCUAUCUAUCUAUUCAUCUAUCUAUCUAUCAUAAGGCAGACCUAGUGUUUCGAUUGACCCCCCUCCCUUAUUGCUUUAGUUGUCAGCCCUUCCUCCCCUUCUUUCCUCUCUGCCGAUCUUUCUUCUCCAACUCACACCUUUUCACUGACUUUUACUCCUCACCCUCUACUCUUCCUCUCUUCUUUUUCGUUGCUUUGUCUUUCUUUCCCUCUUUUUCUGUUUCUUUCUUUUCUUUCUUUUUUGUUAUCCUGCCUAUUGGUUUCUUUCUUUUCUUUUUCCAUUUCAACCUUCUUUUCUAUUUAUCUGAUAUCUCUCCCCACUUCCUUUUCUCGUUUUUUCUCCACUCCUUCUGUCUGCUUUGCUCUUUCUUUUCUUUCAGCUUUCUCUCUUUUUUUUUCGUUUUUUUUUCUCUUGAAAAUUCCCCACUCUUCUUCCGCCUGAUAUUCUGUUUCGCCUCUACGUAUCCUCCCCUUCUUAUCCCCCUCUCUUGUUUCCUUUCCCUUUCCUCCCCUUCCCAAACCUACUUCCUUCUUUCUCUCCGUGUUCCACCCCCCCCCUCCACAUUCCUAACCUCCCCUCCCGCCUCCUCUUAUUCAGUACCAUGUGACUCCCUUUACUCAACUGUUCCUUUUUAUUUAAUAACAGCCUCUGUUUACUUAUUAUUUGCUGCCCUAAAAUUUCUCUUUACUUUUUUCUUUACCUUUUGUCUAGCUCGCCCACUCAGUUUAUUCUGUUACCCUUUCUACCUCACUUUUACAUCAGUGCGCUUUCUGUUUAAACCAGUCUUUUUAUUCUCUUACUCUCUCUAUUUUCUCACUCUUUCUGUUUUCCUCUUAUCCUCUCGCUCUCUUUCCUCUAUCUUUCUCUUUUCUGUUCUUUUCCGAACCAUUCUCUCUAUUCUCUUAUUGUAUCUAUUUUUUCUUCAGUAUUUACUAUUAACCACUCUGUCCAUUUUCUUAUUGUAUCUGUUUUCUGACUCUUUCUUCAGCUUUUCUGGUAACCACUCUCUCUGUUCUUUUACCCUAUUCUCUUACACGUUCAUCUUUGUUAACCACUCUCUAUAUUCUCUUCGUAUUUUCUUUCCUUUUUGUCUUUUAUUACCCACUCUUUUUAUUUUCUCAGUCUCCUUAUUCUCUUCUCACUCUUUCCGUUUUAUCUUAACCACUCUCUUUGUUUCUAUAGUCUUUCUUCUCCUUUUUUUUUUUUUUUUACCAAUUCCUUCUUUUCCACUCUCUCUAUUUUUUUCUUAUAACGUCCUCACCAUUUUUCCUGCGUCCUUGCCCUCUCAACCUUCUUCCGCCGUUAAAAUCCCCACUCCUUCUAUUCUCUUAAAAUUUCUUAUUUUACUCCCUUUGUCUUUAUAUAUUCUUUUCCUUUUCUCUCUUUCUCUCUCUAAAUCACUAUUUCUCAAUUUCCCCCUCCAAGUCUUUAGAUACGAUUUUCAUCACUCUUUUCUUUCCCCCUUAAUCUCACCAUUUUGGCUUCUUUUCUCCUUCCCUCCUAUUCAUUCUACCCUCUUUCUACACCUUACACCUUUCUCUUUAUCCCUCUUUAUAAAUGCUAGCCUUUCUCUUUCAUUUCUCUCUAAUCUCUCCUUAUUGGCGUUCGACGUGGCCUUGUCCCGCUUCCUCCCACCUCAUCACAAUUCUUACUCUUUCUGUUACUUUACUCCGACUACCAUGACAUCAAUUAAUCUAUCUAUCAUCUAUCUAUCUAUCUAUCUAUCUAUCUAUCUAUCUAUCCCAAUGUUUUCAUAUUCAUCUAUCUAUCUAUCUAUCUAUCUAUCUAUCUAUCUAUCCAUCUAUCUAUCUAUGCCAAUAUUUUCAUAUCAUUCUAUCUAUCUAUCUAUCUAUCUAUCUAUCUAUCUAUCUAUCUAUCUAUCUAUCCCAAUGUUUUCAUAUCUAUCUAUCUAUCUAUCUAUCUAUCUAUCUAUCUAUCUAUCUAUCUAUCUAUGCCAAUAUUUUCAUAUCUAUCUAUCUAUCUAUCUAUCUAUCUAUCUAUCUAUCUAUCCCAAUGUUUUCAUAUCUAUCUAUCUAUCUAUCUAUCUAUCUAUCUAUCUAUCUAUCUAUCUAUCUAUCUAUCUAUCUAUCUCAAUCUUUUCAUAUCUAUCUAUCUAUCUAUCUAUCUAUCUAUCUAUCUAUCUAUCUAUCUAUCUUGAUGAAUGA